AUGGCGGUGCUGCGGCUCCUGCGGGCAGGGGGCCCGGCAGGCAGCCGGCCCCGCGCUGAGGAUGACAAGCUGCUGACCGAGCCUCUCCGCCACCCCGACUUCUUCAACGUCAAGGAGCUCUUCACCCUGAAAGAUCUCUUUGAUGCUCGGGUGCACCUGGGGCACAAAAAGGGAUGUCGGCACAGGUUCAUGGAGCCCUACAUCUUCGGCUGCCGCCUGGAUCAGGACAUCAUCGACCUGGAUCAGACCAUGCAGCACCUGCAGCUGGCCCUCAACUUCACGGCCCACGUCGCCUACCGCGGGGGCAUCAUCCUGUUCGUCAGCCGCAAGCGCCAGUUCUGCCACCUGGUCGAGAGCACGGCGCGGGCGUGCGGGGAGUACGCGCACACCCGCUACUGGCAGGGCGGGCUCCUCACCAACGCCCACAUCCAGCUCGGCCCCGGCGUCCGCCUGCCCGACCUCCUCGUCUUCCUCAGCACCCUCAACAACGUCUUCGAGCCGCACGUGGCCAUCCGCGACGCGGCCAAGAUGAACAUCCCCACGGUUGGGGUGGUGGACACGAACUGCAACCCCUGCUUGAUCUCCUACCCCAUUCCCGGCAAUGACGACAGCCCCGCGGCCGUGGAGCUCUACUGCAAGCUCUUCAGGAUGGCCAUCGUCCGUGCCAAGGACAAGAGGCGGCACAGCGAGGCCGUGGAGGAGCUGAGGAGCAAAGCUGCGGGCAAUUAGAGCCCUCAGAUAAUGGGAUCUGCUCCAGUUAUUCCCUGGGACUGGCUCUGUGUCCAGAGCACCAGCUGGCUGGCUGGGGAAGGGACCCCCCCCAGUCCUGUGCAUGGCGAUCCCACAGCUGUGGAGGGUCUCUAGGUCCAGAAGAUUGUCCAGAGCAAUGCAAGGGAAAAUGGAGCCAGGUCAGCCCCUGCCCCUGUCCUUGAGUUUGUCACUGUUGCAGGGAGGUGCUGCUGUCCUGAGCUCCUGAUCUCACCUGAAACCGCUUGUAUCUUACGUCUCUUCUGAGGAAAUAAAGGGAUUUAUUCUUGUGA